UGAUUAAGUUCUGAAAACGGCCCAGAGAAGCACUGUGGCUGCAUUUCUCUUGUGGCGAAACAUAGAGGAGCAUGCCUUUCAGUUGAUAUUUGAACCAUAAUCUUGUUUUUUCUGUCUCCAAGCAUCUGGGAACUAUGGAAUCACUUUCUCCUUGUACCCAAGAGCUAGUAUCCCCUUCACUAUGCAAUAUACUCAAACUAAGCAUAAAGUGAGAUGUAGCAAACUGUUAUUUCUAAUAACUUUCUACAAGGUAUAAGUGGUAACAGUUCUCUAUAAUUUAGGUUGUCAUAGAGUUUAAUGUUUGGAUAACACAUUUCAUCCACGGAUUUCAAAGACUUUACAGACUGAGGGCAUAAUCUACCCAAAUUGAAAUCAGUUGAAAACUUCUGUAGGCUAUGCAAAGUAUGCAGAUGAAUGAAAGGCAGCGCAAAAAGAUUAUCAGCCUAACUACCUCCUAGUUGAUGGUACUGGGAAUAUUGUUGGUUCAAGACGACCUUCACCACCUUAAGGACAAAUUGACAAGCAUCAACCGUGAACAAAAUGGAGAGGGUGUGGAUGUUCAUGUUCUUGAAACAGCCAUUGAAAGAACUGAAAUUGGGCUUAGAAAACAUGCUGAGAAUUAUUUAAAUGCCAUAAAUAGAAGUGUGUUGACUAUUCCUUAUACUGAUGAGAAAGAAAUAUAUUCAGAACAACUCCCCAAAUGGAGGCUUCCAAUUGGUGCUGCUCAGAAACAGUUUAUUUUUCCACGUGUGCCUGUGAAGCCUCGGACUGUCCUGCCGUAUGGCAGAUCAGCACUACAUAUUUCUACAGGCUCGCAGCACAAGCUUGCAAUGAAUGUGAAAAUCAUGUAUGACCCAGCGCAUGCCAGUAACAGAGUUAUUUUAAAACAGAGCUAUGGAAUCAGCUUGCCACUUAUUAAUAAGAGAAAAUCAGUUCCUGUAUGUACUCGGAAGAUAGUGAAAGGCGCUACAGUUGGUAACCUCUUGGCUUUGCCUGCCUCUCAUCAAAUGGCUUCUCCCUUACCUAUAUUAGAAAGAGAUAAAAGGAAAGGUAUUCUGAAUCUAAUUGAGCGAAGGCUAAUCCCACCAGCAGCCAAGAUUACACUUGAAUCACCUCCUGUUUUACCCAAAGCAGCUCCUCUCCAUGAAUUUCACAAACAACACAAGAAGCCAGCUGUAGGAGGGACUGGGAGCAAAGUGGACUUUGCUGGCACAGACAUCUUCAUCUUUCCAGACUCUCAGAAAGGUCCUGAUGACUCCUAUUCCUCCAACAAAGGUAGCAUCGCUCCACCUCCAUCCAGCAGCUCCAUGACGUCAGCUAAGAAAUCAAAGCGAUUAUGGACACAACCAGCUCAAGAGCUGGAGUUGGAAAAAAGCACUUCCCCUCAGCCAAAGAGCCCACCUAUGGUGUCACCUCAGCCCUUGCAGAAUACAUUUUUGGAUUAUGAUCUAACUAUUUACAAUGGCACUAUAGAUCAUAAGGCUCCAGACUUCGUGGCAUUUAAACAGCACUUUUGUUUAUCCUGGGGAGGUAUUCUUUCUUUCUUGGAACAUGUAGAGAAGCUUCUCAAGGACUAUGCUGUACCCUUGGCUAUAAUAAAGACUAAGAACUUGUUAGAGCUCCUAUCGGACUUUGAACUUAACCAGAGGCUGACCAGAGAUGACCUUCUGUCAGUGAUAAAGAACCGAACAACUGUGAAAAGGAUCUUAAAUCAACCUGGCCAGAGAUACAAAGGGCAACAUGGUACUGAAAUGGCUGCCACAAAGAUCCAAGCAACAUGGAGGCGCUAUAAGGCCAGAAAAGCCUACAUCUAUUACAGGCAGCAGCAGUGGGCAUCAGGUGUGAUUGCCAUUUCUUGGCUCCUGCAUAAUCACAUGGCACGUGUAAAAAAGACCCUGAAGGAAUCACGUCAGAGACACCUGGAGAAUUUUUACAUCAGGGCCAAGCAUCUGGCAGCCAACUGGAAUCGCAUCAGGACCUCCAGGAGGACUAUUAUCCAUAUCCCAUCAUUAGGGUAUUCCCAGUGUAUUCGCAAAGCUGCUCCUGAUUUUGCUCUUCAGCAGAACUUGCAGAUGGGGAGACUGUGUGACAUACUAGAUGCCAACGUGGACGUCAUCUACAUCUGCCCCCUUCAUCUAAGUGAGGAGUUACUGCAGUAUUACAAUAAACUCCUGGGUCUGCAGGCAGCUGUUAGAUCUGGGAACCCUGAGGACAUGGGUGACCUGCAGGACAGGUUCAAAAUUCUCACCCCUGAAGCUAUAAACAGCUUCCCUGGCCAUCACAUGUGCCUGGCCACUCAGCUGAAGUACAGUCCCAAGACGAUCAAAAGAAUAAAAAAUCUUAUCCAAGGCAAGGAAGCCUACAUGAUUGGUGGGCUUCCUCACAACGAUGAUUUAGCAGUGGCUGACAUGUUAAAUGUGCCCAUAUUGGGCUGUGAGCCGGAAGUAGCUCAUCUCUAUAGAACUAAAUCGGGAAGUAAAAGAAUCUUUACUAGUGCUUGUGUGCCAACACCUCCUGGAGAAUAUGACAUCUACAACCAUCAGCAGAUGCUUGAAGUUCUGAGUCAGCUAAUCGUAGAUAACCUGGGAGUGAAACGGUGGUUGUUUAAAGUGGACAAUGAAUUUGGAGGAAACGGCACUGCAUAUUGUGACAUUACCGGGCACCUGAAAUGCCACCAAUGGGUCCAGAAGGAAUGUCAGAGAUACAGCACUGAGAUGUGGAGGAAGAAAUGGGCCCACGAGCCAGCUUUGGUGAAGAUCUCCCAGGAGCUCCCGGGCCUUUUAGCACAGCACGCACAGCCAGUCAAUGAGAAACGAUUUCCUACAUGGGAAAAAUUCCUCCAAACAUUUCUUAGUCAAGGUGGUGUCAUAGAAGCUUUUCCACCCUCAGAAAAUGUCACCAACCUUACAGUGGAUAUGCUGAUAGACCCAAUGGGAGAUGUAAAGAUAGCUUCAUCUGGCGAUCAGAUCCAUGCCGAUGGGCCUUUGCAGUCAUCUGGCACCACGGUUCCACAGUGUUCCGUUGAUCCAGCAGUUCUGAAUUCAUUAUGUUUAAAAAUUGGAGAGGCCUGCAGAUCUAGAGGAGUCCUUGGCUACUUCUCAGUUGACCUUGUAACUUUCAUCCACCCGCAAACAAUGACGCAACAGGUAUGGGUAACAGACCUGGAUCUUUGUUAUAGUGACCAGCUGGCCUUCACUCAGCUCUUGCUGUACGUGACAAAUGGCAAGCUGGAUGGCUGCUCUAGCCGCUUUGAAGUGCCACUUACUUGGAAGAAAAUGAAAAGUCAAAGUGUUCAGAGUGAGGAGGCAGAAACGCUUUCUCCAGUAAGCAGCCGCUACGCAGUAAUGAGCAGUCAGCUGAGGCACUCCAAUCUUUCAGUAAUUUACUAUAGUGUUCUCCUCCAGAUAUGUAAGGCUCAUGGCAUUGGAUUUGAUGUCCAGGAAAAACAAGGAACAAUUUUUAUACUGUACGAAGAUCACAAGCGGUACAGAUUGGGAAUAAUAACAAUCGGAGAUGAUCUCCAGGGGGUCCUCAUGACCUUUGCUCACAAUCUCUUCAUCAUCCAUCAAGAAAUAUCAGCACCUAAUAUGCAAGGCGAGACCAAUUUUAAGAUAGCAGUUCAAGAUAUUGAAGCAAUUCUGGGAAUUACAGCAGAAAACAAACUGAAAUUUGAAGAGGAGGAAUCCUCCAAACAUGAUGCUCCCCAAAAGUAGUUGACUGAAAUUUUAAAACUUUUCUUUAAGCCUUUUGGAAUAACUCAGGAAUCCAGGAAAGAAAUAAUUUGUGUCUAUUCAUAACUGAAUUAAUAUUAGUUUAGACUAGACAUUUUAAUGAUCACUGAGUGAGCUUAAAUUAUUAGUAAAACAGUAACUAAAAUAUCCUUGGUUAUGCAAAAGGAAAUCUUGGCGAACAACAGAGGAACAAAAUCAACAUUGCCCAUUUUAACGUACAUGUCUACUAAUGUUAUAUUAUGAAUCCUGGAGUACAGCAUGGAUUUCUCAAAUUCUAUUCAUAGAGUUGUAGUUUAAAAAGUCAGAUGGCACCAUAAUGAUCUUCUAGUCUGACCUGCGUAGCAUAGACCAUGGAAUUUCACCAAAUGAUUAGGCAUCUCUUUUAGACCUGAACUGUCUUGAUGUAGAGACUGCAAGUGGCAAAGAAUCCACCACAUGCCUCAGUAAAUUACUCCAACAGUUAAUGAUCCCCACUGUUAAAAAUCUGUGUCUUAUUUCUAGUCUGAAUCUAUCAGCUUCAGCUUUCAGCGGUGGGCUCUUGUUAUGGCCUGCAAAAUUAAAGAGUACUCUGCUGUGAGAAUUCUCUCCAUGGAGAAAGUUAUAAACUGCAUUCAAGACCUAUCUUAAAUUUCUUUUGCAUAAACUCAAUAGAUUGGGCUUCUUCAAUCUCCCACUGCAAGGUUGGUUCUCUGGCCCUCAGUUCUAUUUUGUAACUCUUUUCUGAACCCUUUCUAAUUCCUCAACAUCUUUUUUGAAGUUUGGAUAUGAGAUCCAGACACAGUAUUCUAAUAAUAAUCUUAUUAAUGCUAUAUACAGUGGUCAUAUCACUUUCUUACCUAUAUUUCUACUUAUACAUACAUCCAAGGGUCUCGUCUAUACUCUAGCCACCACAUUACACUAGGAGCUCAUGUUCAGUUGGGUUAUCCAUCAUGACCCCGAAGUCCCUUUCAGAGUUACUGCUUUCCAAAAUAAGUCGCCCAUCCUGGGAGCAUUUCCUAGACAAAAUAUCUUACAUUUGGCUACACUGAAAUGCAUGUUCAGGUGGGCCCAUUUUAUUGAGAGACCCCAGUUGCUCGGUAAUGCUAACCAUCUUGUAUUGCUGUUUAACACUCCACCAGUUUUUGCAUCCACUGCUGAUUUAACCAGCAGUGAUUUUAUACUUUGUUCCAGAUCAUAGAAAAUUAUGAUAUACAGCAUUGGUCCAAGAACUGAUCCCACUAUAAACAACCCCACUGGAUUCCUCAUUUACAAUUGCUUUUUUAUAGCAGUCAGCUAGUUUUGAACCUUUCUAAUAUGUUCUACAUUGAUUUUGUAAUAAUGCUAACUUCUUAAUCAAAAUUGUGUGGUAUUAACUUAAAUGCUAUGUAGCAAUCUACGUAUAUUACACAAGCACAGUUACCUUUGUCAACCAAAUUUGUGAUCUCAUAAAAAAAUUGUUUGACAAGAUCUUAUCUCCAUAAAACCAUGUUGAUUAUUUACAUAUGCUACCAUCUUUUAAUUCUUUAUUGACUGUAUCCCGUAUCAGCCUUUCAGUGAGUUUGCCCAGGAUCCAUGUCAAGCUAACUAUAACCCAGGUCAGUACAUAUAACCUUUUAAAAUAUCAACACCUUCACUUUUUUCAGCCUUCUGGAAUUUCUUUGGCUUUCCAGAUUUGUUAAAUUACAACGUUUCCUUCUCUUUCUUUUGGAGAGAGAAUCUUUUGCUGCCCCCAUUUGUACAUUGUGAAAAUAAGGUUUUGAACACUGAGAAAUUGUUUGUGUAAGUAAUUUAUAUAUAGAUGCUAAAAGGUCACUUUUUCUUUCCUAUGUGUUUCUUAGCAUCAGAUUACGUGCCGUUUGCUGUCUUCAGAGCAGACGGGCAAUGGACGGGGAAAACCUGUCUCCCUAUCCAAGGCUGUAAUAUUUGCCUUGCUGGCAGAUUAUGCUCUUGUUUUAAAAGUUAGUUUAUUUUCUCCUGCAGGUUGACUGUAUUAUCUCCUGAAAAUGCCAAGUCCUACCACCCUAAAAGUUAAAAAUCUCAAAUUGAAAAAAUUCCCCAUGGAGUUACUCUGAAUAGUGCCUGCCUUUUUCAAAGACCGGUUUAGCUGAAAUACUGCAGUGCUAUUCAUGAGCCACAGAUCGGCUAACUCAGUACGUAAACUUCUGAUCUGCCUUUACGUUCUCCACAGUGAUUGAAGAAAUACAAAUAGAAGUGAGAACCUUUAUAUGA